ACAAUAGAAUGAUAAGCAGCAGUAGAAUCAUGGAGGCAUGUUGGCACAUGUCAUGCCAGCUGUUUUUAGUGAUCAACAGUGAGUUUGAGCUGAGUUGUGAGGAGGAGCUUAUCACGGUCUUGUGACUUUAUUUGUAAAACCUUUGCUCCUGGACAAUAAAAGUGGAAAUAAAAGGCACUAUAGUGCUAAGCACAGCGUUUACUGGCGGAAUACCUCACAGGGACCCAAACAAGAGCGCUUGGAUUAUGAGAGAAGAAAGUGACAGUGCUGUGAGUCAGCAGAUCGUCAGUGUCUGGGUGCGGGACCCGCGGAUACGAAAGAAUGACUUCUGGCAUGCCUACAUAGACUAUGAAAUCUGUUUACAUACUGACAGUGUGUGCUUCACAAAGAAGAUCUCAAGCGUGAGAAGGAGGUACAGUGAAUUUGUAUGGCUGAGGCAGAAGCUACAAGCAAAUUCAAUGCUAAUGGUACAGCUUCCGGAGCUGCCUCCAAAGAACCCCUUCUUCAGCCUGAACAACGCCCAACAGAUCACUGAGCGCAUGAAAGGGCUCCAGAGGUUUUUGGAAAAGAUCGUCCAGAACCCUCUGCUGUUGUCCGACAGCUGCCUGCAUCUGUUCCUGCAGUCACAGCUCAGCGUGUCCAAGAUCCAGGCCUGCGCUGCUGGAAGGACCCACUACUCCGUGGCACAGGCGGUCAAGAGCUGCGGCCUGAGGCGAUUCCACUCGGAAGAGGAUCUGCAGAAGGACCUCAGCAUGUCCUGUGACUCCGACUCAGACAGCUCAGAGUGUAGAGAUCCAGAACCUCGGAUUAAAGACUUGACGAUAAUCAAAUCACAGAGCGCGGGUUUGCUUGAUCUCAUGGGAAGCAGCCAGGAGGAAUCCCUUAGCUCCUCGUCUGGAUCUACAUGAAAAAACAUCGUCAUCUCACUGGCAUGAAUGAAUGUUUAGACCUUGGAGGAAGAAAUCCGCCUGUUACUCUGUCGUACAGCACUUUUAGCCAUGUGGUUUCUCCUUAUUACCUUAUUAUCUUAUUACUAAGCCGUAUAUAGUGAUAAAAAUGUACCUAUGUGAUAACUAUUCUUUAGCUGUUGUAAAGUUGUAGCAAACCUGUGCCUGAAGAUGGCAGUGUUGUCUCAUCCAUCUGUUUGUAUAUUCACUUAAUCCAUGAACAUAUGCUGCAACUGUCCCUACUGACUUUAUAAACAGUGGCAUUGUGACUUACACUCAA